AUGACAACGAAUAUGAAGGAAAACAUACAAAUAGUCUUUAGUCCCAUCGAAGUACGAGUAGAUCUUCAACUUCUUCUAAUUUCAGCUUCAGAUCAGGCAGAAUCAGGCAUCAGCGGCAGAACAUUUCCUGCCCCACAACCCCUCAUCAACAAAUACCUCAACUCUUCACUCUUCAACUUCUUCCCUUUUACCCCAUUCCUCAGAACUACCUUCAAAAUGAGUGAGCGUCACUGUGUUGCGCAAAGUCGCUGGAGCGACAAGAGAGUCAAGCAAACCCUUGAAUGGAAAGAUGAAAAAAACAAGUACUUACAACAGGAUCCUCUUCUCCAGGCUUCAACGAGAUCGCCCUUUGUGACCUUCUACUACCAGACCUUCGACACCAACCGUGAAGGUCUGGCUGGUCUCUACCGUGAUCACUCCAUGCUCACUUUCGAGACUACCUCCGUUCAGGGUACCGGUGCCAUUGUUGAGAAGCUCGGCUCUCUUCCUUUCCAGAAGGUUCAGCACCAGAUUGCUACCUUCGAUGCUCAGCCCUCCAGCGACAACGGCAUCAUCGUCCUGGUGACCGGUGCUCUCCUUGUCGACGAGGAGCAGAAGCCCAUGAACUACUCCCAGCUCUUCAAGCUGCAGCCCGAGGGUGGCAGCUACUUCGUGCUCAACGACGUCUUCCGUCUGAUCUACAGCGCCUAA